AUGAUUGCUGGAUGGGAUGAAACGGUAUAAUCGUUGAACUCAUUACACCUUCUUGCCUCUGUUUCUGACCAUUUGAUCAUUUACACCACAACGUACAGGGCCCUGGUCUAUACUACGUGGAUGCCGAAGGAGGCAGGCUUAAAGGUAAAAGGUUUUCUGUUGGAUCAGGAUCACCGUACGCAUAUGGGGUGUUGGACAGUGGGUAUGUCUCUAAAUAUCCUUUCCAUUGAUAUGAUUAUAUGUAUCAAUAUAUGCAUUCCAUAAAACAUUUAUCUGCUUGAGCUAGGUACCGCUACGACAUGACGAUUGAAGAAGCUGCGGAAUUGGCUCGACGGGCCAUUUAUCAUGCCACAUUCCGAGAUGGAGCUAGUGGUGGAGUUGCUAGCGGUAAUGUUUCUUCAUUCUCCAUUCACUCUUCCUUGCCGAAUAACGCAGACACCUAAACCACGUGAUGAUUUUAUGUGCCGAUGAUUUAUUUCCUUUGUGAUGAUUUCUAAAUCUGUGUUGCAAAAUCCUGAAGAAGUUCCCCUGCAAACUGAGGGAAACCCCUGAUAAGUCCUGCAUUACAAAAAAAGAGAAGAUAAUUCCUGUGGCUAUAAUAUAAUUAUGCCGUAUAGUUUUUAAUUUGAAAUUUAAUUAAUUUACAUCAUAUCUGCUCCCUAAAAUUCUUUGUUCUUCAGUUUAUUACGUUGGGCCUGAUGGAUGGAAGAAGCUCUCUGGGGAUGAUGUCGGGGAGCUGCAUUACAAGUACUAUCCCGUCGUGCCAAGCCCAGUGGAGCAGGAAAUGGUGGAGAUUCCAGUCUCUUGA